AUGGACCAGAAAGAGAUCAACCAGGCCGAAUGGCGGAAUUCGGAUAACUGGUACUUCGGCAUCUACAACAGCCCUCGAGAUACCCGCGUAUGGGUCGCAAAGCGGAUCCCAUGGACCGGCUGGACGCUGAACUUCGCCCACCGCGCGGCGUGGAUCUGGACCUUUGGCGUUGUUGUGCCUGCUUUCGUGGUUGCCUUUGUCGUAACUGCGGCGUUCGAGCAGUUCGCUCGGCGCCGUUUCGCGAUCGACCUGGAUGCGGCUCGCGGCGGCGUAGCUGCGUUUGCCGAGCUCACGGUAGUUGAGCAGCGCAUCCUUGCCGCCGAGGUGCUUGUUGCGCGCCGCGAUGUCGGGGAAGACGCCGGUCCAGAAGAGCGUGAAGUCGCCGAUGUGGCGGUGGAGCUGCCGCUUGGCGGGGCCGCGCCGGGCCUCGGCCUCGGCGAGCAUGUCGGCCACCUGCGUGAGGCGUUCGCCCCGCAC